GGGAAUGCCAUCCCUUUGUUUCUUGGGAUGGCCAAUUAGUUAUAUUGGGGAUUGUGUUUGCAGGUGAAAGUUUUCCAUAUUGCUUUUCGAUCAUCUAAUACCGCAAUUGUAUUUACAAACCAUGCAAGUGCAACCAAUACCGAAUGAGCAAUCGAAAAGUCCGUAGAUAGAUGAGAUGAGAGCUUCCUGAGUACAGGAAAUGUAGGCUUUUUUCUCAUUUGUCCACUGUCCGAUUAGUGCCUCCCCCUGGUAUUAAUCUCACUAUUGUCUGAUAUGCAGUACACCGCUUAUGACCCCGGCAUGAUUAUAUUCCGCACGCCCUCGUUACAAUCCCAGAAGAUUGCCUAUUAACAUGUCCAGCCCUGUCAACGGCCAACCCCUGCGGCCUUAGCCGCAAACCUUAGCCAUUUUCAAGGCGGGUUCGAGGGGAAGUAUUCGGUACAUUGGCAAUUAACUUUAAUAAAUAUUAACUGUCAGUCCUCGCAUGUUUUCCAAGAUUUAUAGUUUCAUGAAUUGUUUAUUCAACAUCUCCAACCAACAAUGUCCGAAAUGUCAGAUUAUGUGAGAAAAAGAGCUUCCAGGCCUAAAGUCAGAUCAGGUUGCGUAACUUGCAAAUUUCGAAGACUUAAAUGCGAUGAAGGGAAACCUGCUUGUUUUCGAUGUUCUAAUUCCGGGAUUCGAUGUCGGGGUUACACUAUACAAGCACCAAUAUCAACAAAAAAGAAAGAAAUUGUUCGACAAAGUCUAGUUCCUAUACGUCCAGCGCCACCAACUCUACCGAAUCAUGAACCCUCUUACCUAAAUCUUAGCGAGCAAGAAUGGCUAUACUUUCAAGACUUCGCUUCUACGACUUCUACCGAUCCAUAUGGUAUGAUCGCGGACGCAACACGCCGUGCAGCCAGAUCGAUCGAGUCAUUCUUUUGGGCUGAAGUAGUUCUCCAAGAAAGUUUUUCCACGCCAUGUAUUCGUCAUGGAAUUGUGGCUAUUUCUGCUCUUGUGCGGAGCUUUCAGAUGGACAGUGCCAGCUCACAACAAAUUCAAGAUCACGAACAUUUCGCUCUUAAACAGUACGGCAAAGCGUUGCAAUCAACGAGAGACUUUAUAGCAGAUACAGAAAGUACAGCCGAACGCUCAAGAACACUUUUUAUUGCCUCUGUUAUACUAGCCCACUUCGAUUGCUUCUAUGGGAACCGAGAUCUUGCAAUCUCUCACAUGCAAUGUGCCCGUUCAUUGCUUACGAAAGAGACAUCAAAACUCCUGGAUUACAGAUUUGUUAGUAUCUUAAUGAGCCUCGAUAGUGUCAACUAUUCCACUAUGGGCUUCGAAUCGGAGUUCUCCUAUCGCCAAGCCAUAUUUGGAAAAGAGCAGAUUCAUAUCCCGGAAUUAUUCUUAAGUAUAGAGGAAGCAGUCGAAACUCGAAGUAUACUCGUCGCAAGGGCCAACAACCUCUACAUAGAGAUGUUCAAAUAUAGAUUCACGCCGAGAGGAAAGAUUCCUCGCUCGGCCAUCAAGCUGAGAGACUACUAUGUAGCACAAUUAAGACAAUGGGAUACGGUCUUCCGUCGAUCUACAUGGAUAUCCGAUUGCAAACCUGACAUUUCUGGACAUCCGGUGUUAAGACCAGAUUCAUUGAGACUGCGGGUAUUAAUCAGUAUUAUCAAGCUUGCUACAAGUCUCAACGAACCGCAGUCGGUCACAGACAAGCUUCUGGAGCCAUUUCAGUAUAUUGUCUCCUACACGCGAGAUAUCAUAGACUAUGAAAAACAUUCUUUGCGAAGAAAAUCAUCGUUUGAUUUUGACAUUCGCACCACAAUACCACUAUUCGUAGUCACGCUGUACUGCCGCAAUUCUCCGGCAUUACGUGGUGAAGCAUUGAAGCUACUACUUUCCUCUCAUCGGCGAGAGGGUGCGUGGGAUAGCCGUGUGAUUGCGAGAAUCGCUAUAUGGAAGAUGGCACUUGAGCAACCAGGCAUGGAUAAGUCUGGAACUAUCCGUGAGAAUGCAAGAUACUAUGGAGAGUCUUUCGAGGUCGAUCGAUGGAAUAGAGAGAUUCGAGUAACCUGCAGGCAGAACGACGAAAGUUUACCUGAGGGCUACCGAAUUGUGACAGACAUACUUCAAUAUGGAGAAAUAGCAGAUGAGCUCCUUCGCUCGAGUCUAGACCAGGUUACACCUUCGAAUAUCUAAUUACUAUCUUUUCUGAGAUUGAUUUGUUAUAUUUACGCAGAUCUAUCACUAAUUUCAAUGUAAAUAAUUUUGUAAUCAUCUCCAGGAAGCUGCAAUCCUGCUUUCAGCCUUGGCCAUUAGUUCCAUCAGUGUUGCAUGCACAGUCCAUGAAUUUAAGAUAGCUCAAUCGAACGGGAAGGUGCUGUCA